CUUCCUGUUGAAAUAACGCGGAGCACUGCCGUUUAUCUCACAAUCGAAAGUAACCUGUAGAAAACAAAUAUUUUUGUCACUGGUUAAUCAUAGUGUGUGAGACAAAAUGGUGCGUUUAACUGCACAACUGAUUAACAUGUCAGCGCAAAAACACAAUCCAGUUAGAGAUUGGGAGCUGGACUUAAGAGGAUACAGAAUUCCAGUCAUCGAAAAUUUGGGAGCCACACUGGAUCAGUUUGACACAAUAGAUUUUACAGAUAAUGAUGUCCGCAAAUUAGAUAAAUUCCCACUGUUGAAAAGAUUAAAACAUGUCCUUCUUAGUAACAACCGUAUUGUUCGAAUAUCUGAGAAUCUUGAAGAAAAUCUUCCAAGUCUAGAGACCCUGGUAUUAACCAAUAACAACCUUAAAGAGUUAGCAGACAUAGAUCCCCUCAGUACAGUAACAACACUCAAACAUCUCAGUUUGAUGGGAAAUCCCAUUACAACAAAAAAGAACUAUAGAUUGUAUGUCAUACACAAGAUUCCAAGUUUAAGAAUACUAGAUUUUUCAAGAAUAAAAAUGAAAGAAAGAGAAGCAGCUUCUAAAAUGUUUAAAAAGAAGAAAAGUCAGCCACAACAAGCAACAGUUGCAGAAAAUGGAGGAGCUGCAAAAGCAAAAACAUUCACACCUGGAGAAAAACUCGUACCUGUGCGACCUACACCUUCCGGACCUACAAAACAAGAUGUAGCUGCUAUCAGAAAAGCAAUAGCCAAUGCAAAGACAUUGGAAGAAAUUGAAAGAUUAAAUCAGCUGCUGAAAUCUGGUCAAAUACCUGGACAAGAUGACAGUCCUAGGAGGUCAAGUGCUGAAACAGCAGGGUCAAAGAGGAAAUUUAGGGAAGAGGAGGAGGAGGAAGAAGAAGAGGAAGGGGAGGAAUAUGAAAAUGAAAGAGGGGAAAACAUGGAGGAUGAUUGAAUGUUUUCUUUCUGUUAUUGUUGUAUAUAUUUUAAUACAAAUCUUCAUUGCAUAGUUGUUGGGUUGGCCAUCUUGUUAAGCAACCGCAUUAUGACAUCAAUAGCUCUUAGAUAUCCUGUCUCCAGUUUAAAAAAAUUAUUUCUUACAUUUUAAGUUUUAACAUAAGUAGUGUAUCAAAAUCUGGUAAGUAUGAAAUAGUUGGUACUCACUUCAAAUUCAUCAUCCUUUCCUGUUCAAGUUUUUGUAGAAGGGCUAUAUAUAGUUUGUUCUUAUCACUACUGGAUUUACUCUUCAUCAAAUGUCAUUAGGGAAUAAUGAUAUCAAUCACCAUCUACAAAAGACUCAAAUCUGUACUAUUUUUCAGCAGUGAUCCAAGACUACUGGCUGGAAGAACUGCAAUGAUCAGUCUGGUUCAGACUCCGUCAACCAUAAUAUUAUUUAGUAUAGUCUCAUAUUAAGUCUGAUUGUUCUGAUACUACACUUCUGAUAAGAGCAGUCAGAUAACUUAUUGGGGCAUUGUGUCACAUAUUAUGUUGACAGUCCAGAUACUAUACUUCUAUUUUAAUUUUUGUGACAGAUUGUCAUCCCCAUUUUUUUGUACAUUGUUUUUUUUAAAAUCAGGUUCUGUCAUAUCUCUUUUGACCUUACCUGAAGAGAUGAGCCAUGUUCAGUUUUUUAACCUGAUAAGAACAGAAUUUUUGCAACACAACAUGGAGUGAUUUGUUGAUGUAAAUUAAACUGUUUUACAAAUG